GAUAACUACAGAACCACAGAACUCUUUUUCUUUCUCUUCUUCUCUCUUUUGAAAAACAAAACCAAUCUUUCUCAAGCAAAACACAUAGAUUAGCUAAAGACCAAGAGAGGUCGGAGAGAGAUGGGGAGAGCUCCAUGCUGUGACAAGGCAAAUGUGAAGAGAGGUCCAUGGUCUCCUGAAGAAGACGCAAAGCUUAAAGAUUACAUAGAGAAGCAAGGCACUGGUGGGAAUUGGAUUACACUCCCUCACAAAGCUGGUUUGAGGAGAUGUGGGAAGAGUUGCAGACUGAGAUGGUUGAACUAUUUGAGACCAAACAUAAGACAUGGAGAUUUCAGUGAGGAAGAAGACAAUAUUAUCUGCAGCCUCUUUGCCUCCAUUGGAAGCAGGUGGUCAGUAAUAGCAGCUCACCUGCAUGGUAGAACUGAUAAUGACAUCAAGAACUAUUGGAACACUAAGCUCAAGAAGAAACUCAUUGCUACUAUGGCUCCUCCAGGACCUCAUCACCUCUUAGCCAUUGCUUCAUCAUCAUCAUCAUCAUCACCUUCAUCAUCAUCAUCAUCAUCACAUUACAACAUGAUCAAUAAUAUUCUUACGUAUAACCCUUCAAUAUCUGCAAACCAGCAGAUCACACCUCAUCAGGGGAUGAUGAUGACAAUGAUGGGCCAACAACAAUUAUACCAAGAAGACAUGGGCAAUAUGGUAAAUUCUCCAAACAGAAACAAGCUCGUAGUAAGCCAUCAAGAGAACAGCCAGAAGCAAAGUACAAACAAGGGAAUAAUGUUGUUGAAUGAUGUAAGAAGUGGGUCAAAUACAAGAAGUACAGUAACAAGAGUGAAGAUUGAGCAUCAUGAUUAUCAUCAUGGAGAAGAGGAGAGAUCAAUGGAAUAUGGAAUGGAGGAGAUCAAUCAGUUAAUAAGUAGUAAUUGUACGAGUAGUAGUAGCAAUACCUUGUGGUUUGAUGAAAACAAGACAGAGGAUAAGUUCAUGUUCUACUAUUGAAAAAAAAUGUUGUACUAUUGAACUCUCUCACCAACUUUGAUUCAGUAUCCUUUUUCUCUCA